UUGAUCAUCUUUAGAUUUUCUUAUAUAUAUAAUCUAUUAUUACUUUUGUACAUUAUACAUAUUUCAUAAAGCCAUGGAUAAACAUCGUCAUCUACCAUUUUCGUCCUUAAUGAUUGUUAUAUUUAUUUUUCUUCUUGGAUUUUGCACUACUUUCACAUUGGCAUUUAACAUUGAGGACAGACUUCCAAUCAUGAAAAUGGGUCCCAAGGGCAGUUUGUUUGGCUUAUCCAUCGCACAACAUCAUAUCACAGCCAACAGUGUUGAAGCAGACAAUGCUGUAUUGCUCGUCGGUGCACCAACAGAUGAACGUGCACCUGCACACAGCGUAGAUGCUGUUCGACCCGGUGGAUUUUAUAAAUGUGAUGUUUCAGAGAAAGAAGAUUGCACAAGAGUUAUUAUCACUCCACCAGAAAAUUUUGAAGAAGAAGAUUUUUCAACCAGAUUAUUUCCAGAGAAAGUUAACACAAUGCGAACCAAUUCUUCUAAUCAAUGGCUUGGAGUUACUGUAAAAUCACAUAAGCCCGGAGGAAAAAUUGUGGUGUGUGCUCAUCGUUAUACUAUAAGAGGUGGUGUACGGAAAGCAAUAGCAUGGGAGGCUGUAAUUGGUCGAUGUUUCAUGUUGGAAAACUCUGUCGAACCACUAAAGGACCGUCUGUCGUUUGAGUAUACGCCAUGUCAGGGUAUGCUGAAUGAGGACGGAAAAUACGAUCAUUUGUGGCUUGGAUAUUGUCAGGCCGGCACUGCGGUGAACUUUGCGGAUGUCCCGAAACCCACGAAAACUGAAGAAUAUAUCGCAAUUGGUGCCCCCGGUAGUUUUACUUGGAGUGGAGCUUUAUACACCUCACAACUAAACCCUGGUCUAUUUCCCAUUGGUUCUAUCAACAUGUGGACACAAGAAGUACCUAAUACGAAAUACCCAAUAAAGAAAAACAGCCUUCUUGGUUCAUCACUGGCAAAUGGAGUUUUGCUUGACUCGGAUAUUAACUACAUUGCUGGAGCUCCAGGUGUUAAUUCUACUGGAUCAGUUGUCAUUUUUGCCAAGGUUCAAGAAGUGCAAGAUGAAAAGUUUGUCAUAAAAGAAAUGGUUCAUGGUGAUAGAGUUGCUUCAAGAUUUGGACAUGAAGUUCAACUUAUUGAUGUCACUGGAGAUGGGCGUUUGGACCUAAUUGUUGGAGCACCACAAUAUUAUGACAGAGAAUUAAAACUUGGAGGUGCUGUCUACAUAUAUGUCAAUAAAGGUCUCGGGCAAAUUGGACCAGAUCCCACACAAAUCUUAUUUGGGACUGUUGAUUCAUCAUUUGGUAUGUCCAUUACAAACUUGGGUGAUGUAAAUAUGGAUGGAGCGGAUGAUAUUGCCAUCGGUGCUCCUGGUGCUGAUGAAUGGAAAGGUGCAGUUUAUAUUUACCAUGGUAAUAACCAAGAUGGAACCAAAGGCGUUCACGAUGAACCCUCCCAGAUUAUUCGAGCCAGCAAGCUCAUCGAAGGUGGUUACCUAGCGAAUAACAUUACAGGAAUGGGAUAUUCUGUCAGUGGUGGUUUGGAUAUGGAUUUCAAUGGGUAUCCAGAUGUUGCUGCCGGUAGCUUGUCAGACUCAGUUGUCAUGUUUCAAUCUCGUCCCAUUGUCAAUAUCAUUGGUACUAUUGAAGGACCAGAUAUCAAGAUCGAGUUAGAAAAUAGAGAUGUGAAUAAAGGGUACGAUAUUGAAGUCUGUCUCAGAUAUACAGCAUCACCACGGACGUUUGAUGAAUCGGUCGAAGCAACUUACACAGUUAAGUUAGAUACGACAAGGUUGGGAACGGAUCUUCCUACAAGAGCGUCAUUUUCUUUAACUGAUACAUCCGCUGCCGAAAAAUCUGUAAAUAUCACUUUAUACAAACAGUCAAGGAAAAAGAAGAAAUGUGAAACAUUGACUGUUUAUAUUAAGAAAGACAUCCAAGACAAGUUAUCUCCUAUUGAGCUUGAGUUAUCUUUCACAACACCAAAUUUGUUGCCGAAACGACAACGCCAACGACGUGCUGCCAACGUUCCUACUCCGACACCAAUCAUGAACAGAGCAAUAGAAAACACUGCUUUUGCAGAAAUUAAGUUUUCUAAAGCGUGUGGUGAUGAUGAAAUAUGCAACAGUAAAUUAUCGCUCACUGCGGAAUAUCAGAUAUUGGUUCCAAAGGGUGAAGAAGAUGUCUGGAAAAAAAUCAAAAAAAACAGUGACGGAAUCCCAGUACUCAAACUAGGAAAUGAAAAACAAAUAGGAAUGUUGAUUGAUAUUAACAAUCCUGCACCAGGAGAAGAUGCUCAUCAAGCCAGAUUAUACAUGUGGUUACCUCCUGUGUUGGAUUAUACUAAUAUCGACAUGAUUCCACCUAUUGGAGGAGAUAUACAUUGUGGACCAAUUCAAGACAAUAAAACUGAUGCAUCACAGCUAUGUAACCUUGGUAAUCCAUUCCCUGCUAACGGUAGAAUGCAAUUCAGGCUCAAAUUAUUGAAAGAAAAUUCAAUUUAUGAAGCUACUGGAUUUGAAAUAAAGCUGCAACUUCAAACGACAAGUCAACAACCAGGCCAUGAUAUCAUAAGAGAUUAUCCAGUAAUCGUUCAUGUGGAAGCUCAACUUGAUAUUGAAGGAUAUGCAAGUAGAGAACAAGUUAAAUUCGGAGGAACUGUUAUCGGUGAAUCUGCAGUAAAAGAAGCUGAAGAUGCUGGCAGUAUUCACUCUCACAUCUAUGAAGUAACAAAUACUGGGACAGCUCCUGCAAAUAACGUUCAACUUCAUAUCAGCUGGCCACAAAACAUCAACAAUGGUAAAUGGCUUUUUUAUUUACUGGAAGCCAACGUAAGGGAUGGAUCAGGAAAUUGCACUCUUCCUGAGGAGGUAAACCCACUCAACCUACGAUAUGUACCAGGAUCUGAGAGACAGAAAAGGUCAGCAGAAAUCUCUGAUGCUGAUCCAGGUGCAAGCAAUACAGAACCUGUGGUAAAAGAAGUGACUAAAGGUCCAGAGUCAACUCAGGAGAAACUUAUAUGCAACAACACUGCUUCAUGUAUUGAAUUCUCAUGUUCUCUCGGUACGCUGGGUGCCAAAGCCAAAGUUUAUAUUGAUCUCCAUGCUGUCUUAUGGAAUAGUACAUUCUUAGAAGAAUAUAAGGGAGUUUCCAAGAUUGAAGUCCAGUCCAAAGCCAUGGUGUCCAUUGCUCAAGAAAACGUCCAAUUUUCUGAAUCAUCAGAACUUGAGAGUGUCGUCUGGACAACAGUUAAUUCUGAAGUUGUUAUACCAGUCAAGGAAGAAGUCAAUUGGUGGAUUAUAGUUGCAGCCUCCAUAGCUGGAGUGGUGUUACUAGUUUGUCUAGUGCUGCUACUUUGGAAGUGCGGAUUCUUCAAACGAAAACAAUUUGGAGAUUAUCAAAAAGCGAGAAGACACAAGCAGGCAUCGAAAAAAGCUGACGAGAGAGAAACCCUUUACUGAUAUUUAUGUGUGGAUUUUUCAAACGACGACAAUUUGGACCUUCAGCCCCCAUGCAAAAAGCAGCAAGAACUCGCAAUAAAACUGCACAAGAUAAGGCUGCAAGCAAACGUAUAUUGCAACAUCAGACAUCAUGGCGACUAUAUUCUGAAUAAAAAAAUUCAGAAAAUUAUCAAUUUUUUGAAAUAUCAUGCCAAAUCUGCAGAAAAUGUUGAAAUUUUUUUACUACCAUGUUGUAUAUAUAUUACUAGGUAAUGUCGAGCUGUUUUUUUCAAGUGUGGGUCAUAGACGGUCCGUGUUAAUGUGCCAUUUUACUUUAUUGACUCAUGCUCGAUCAUGCAUGAAUAGAUAUAUAAUGCACAAUAAAGUUAAAUUUUUAUCGGUAUGAUGAAUUUUUAGAAAAUUAUUUGCGUGACUAUGGUACGAAAAAAUUAGGUGCUUUGUUUUUAUAUAUGAAGAGUAACACUAUUGCAUUUGAAACCAAAGUUACAGAACUUUUACAAUACUCAACAUUAUUUUUAUCUACGAGUCAUUGAAAAAUAUGUGUAUUUGUUAUUUUAUCUAAUUAUCAUGCACACUCAAGGCAUAUUGUUGAUAUUAAGCAGAGUAGUAAGUAGUUCAUAUUAUCAAAUUUGCAUUUUUCUGUCAUGAAAUUUUUUAAAAUCGAAACCGUAUGAGAGCAUUCUAUGUUACAGCUGAGAUCUAUCUAACUGAUAAUACACUAUUUUUGGUAUGGUACAAGCAUGAUAUGAAGAUGUUACUGAUAAUGUUUACAAUAAAAAGUUUGAAUUUUUUUUUUGUUUCAAUUUUUACUUUGCAUAUUACUGAUACUUAAAAUUUUACUGAUUUCGAUAUGCUAACAAAUCAUGUAUGCUUUUUUAUUUUGCUAAUAUUAUUAUUAAGUCUAGUACUGAUAAUAAUAUAAUACUUUUUUUUUCUAUCAAUUAAGUCAUUUUUUAGCAUUUUUGGCUUUUUCUAUUUGUAGUAAUAUUACAUCGCUUUCUUUCAUCUGUUCCAUUUAACGACCAAAAUUGCGCAAUUGCAUUCCGAUUGGUUGGGAAAUUGAUGUAAUCAAUGAAAGAGUGAUAUACAAACAACUUGGCUUUCUUACCAUGUUAAGAAUUGUGCACCAUUCAAUUAUAGUCCACCACUCGCACCUAAUGCACUAGUACAUUUUAGAUUUUUGGAAUAACAAGUGUUCAAUUGAAUAAACAAAAAAGUGUUUAGGUUCGACUUAUAAUUUUCAAUUUUGUGAACAGGAUUAGUCUUUUUUGGACGCUUGCAUUGUCCUAGAUACCAUUCCACAUUUGUAUUUUGUUUGGUAUGUUUAUGACUAAGACAAGUCCCCUUCCAUUUAUCUCAAAAAACAACCGAAAGGUAUAAGAAUAAAUGCAUUCAGUUCAGAUUUUAGUCUAGUUUUUAGCGUGUAUUCGGUUAUUAAAUGAGAACAUGACCUAGGACAUUUGUUUGCAAAAUGAUCAUAUUCUUUUUUUUUGUAAACAUUGAUACAUUAUAUUUUAUGGUCAAGGCAUGACAUGAUAUAAACAUACUUUAUAAUUCAAACACAUAAAGGCCAUCAAGCUCAUUAGAAGAUUUUUCCAGUCAAGUCUGAAAGUCUUCGGCUGUAUGUGCAUUUUCAUCAAUUUUGGACUGUUUUUAUAAUUUUUUUUUUGGUGUAAAAUUUUUAGUAUUAGUUUGGUUACUGGAUUUGAAUUGUUACUGUUAGGCAAAAUACAGAGAAUAAAUUUUGUCCGAUUCUGAUAAACAGAACAGCAAAGUGUUCUGUCCUAUCUAUGAAAUAUUUCGUAUACAUUAUACGCUCUUGAUUACCUAAACAUUUUAUAUUUCUCAAAUUUUUUUUGGUUGGACAGUAUUGAAUUGAUUAAAAACUGUUUUCCAUAUUGUAUCACAAACUACGAAAGUUUAUUUAUAUAAUCAAUAUUUGUUGAAUAUGUGGCAUUAUGGGUUAAUUGAAACUCAAUAAAACUAUAUCUACUAUCGUCUAUUCAGUUUUAUUCCAAAAAUAAGAGAAAAAAUUAUUUUAGUAUCAAAAAAAUAUAUAUCAUAAAUCAAACGAAAUUUUUGUCAUGACGUGUGGUAUUUCAUUGCUCCUUUUUCAAUAUAUCAUAUUUUUACUUCUGCCUAUUCUAAUGAAUUUUCAUGAAUUGCUUAGCUUAUUUCUGUAAUAUAUAUCAACUAAAUAUACUAAUUAUGAUAUAAAUCAAUGUAUCUCCUUGUGUUAUUUCAACAAAAGGAAUCUUACAACCAUCAAAUUUGACAUGACUGUAUUGAAAAUGUAUUCAAAUUUGCUGGGGGAUGUUACCCAAUGUAGUGUUCACUCUGUGAGAUUGCCCUAUUUCAGAAGUGGUCAUAAGGUAUCGGUAUAUUGUUAUCCAAACUUGUUAUGGUAAAAAAAUUAUGAUUGGUUAUAUCCAUCAUCUGUGGUCUUUUACCAGUUAUGUCCAAUUUUGAUGGUGUCUAUAUCUUUUGUCGAAAUAGCCAUUUCAAAAUUAUUUUUUUAUGCCAUGUUAAAAAAUCAGAAUUCUGUAAUUUUUAUCUAUGUAACAUUGCCAAUUUUAUCAUCAUCGAUACACAUUUUAAAAUAGUACAAAAGUUUUGCAACAUGGUACAAAUACGAA